CAGGUUUCACAACUUCCUGGAUGAGGCUGCUGUGGGUCACAGUGCAGCUUCCAGCCAGGAGGAUGGGGUGGCUCCCAUUCCUGCUGCUUCUGACACAGUGCUCAGAGGUCCCUGGGCAGCGCUCCCCACUGAAUGACUUCCAGGUGCUCCGGGGCAUAGAGCUGCAGCACCUGCUACAUGCAGUCGGGUCCAGGCCGUGGCAGGAGGACGUGGCAGAUGCUGAGGAGUGUGCAGGGCGCUGCAGUCCCCUAUUGGACUGCCGAGCCUUCCACUACAACGUGAGCAGCCAGGGUUGUCAACUGCUGCCAUGGACGCAGCACUCACCCCACACUCAGCUGCAGCGUUCAGGGCGCUGCGACCUCUUCCAGAAGAAAGACUAUGUGCGGACCUGCAUCAUGGACAACGGGAUUGGGUACCGGGGCACCUUGGCCACCACUGUGGGUGGCCUGGCCUGCCAGCGCUGGAACCACAAGUUCCCCAAUGAUCACAAGUACACGCCCACACUCCGGAAUGGCCUGGAGGAGAACUUCUGCCGCAACCCCGAUGGGGACCCGGGAGGUCCCUGGUGCUACACGACAGAUCCUGCUGUGCGCUUCCAGAGCUGCGGCAUCAAGUCCUGCCAGGAGGCCGCUUGCGUUUGGUGCAAUGGCGAAGAUUACCGCGGGGCCGUGGACCGCACCAAGUCAGGACGUGAGUGUCAGCGCUGGGACCUGCAGCACCCGCACCCACACCCGUUCGACCCGGACAAGUUUCUGGACAAAGGUCUGGAUGAUAACUAUUGCCGGAAUCCGGACAGCUCCGAGUGGCCCUGGUGCUACACCACGGACCCACAGCUCCAGCGAGAGUUCUGCGACCUGCCCCACUGCGGGUCCGAGACACAGCCGCGCCACGUGGCCACGACGCUCAACUGCUUCCGCGGGAAGGGCGAGGGCUAUCGGGGCACGGCAAAUACCACGGCCGCGGGAGUGCCCUGCCAGCGUUGGGACGAGCAGAGCCCGCACCAGCACAGUUUUGCGCCCGAGAAAUACGCGUGCAAGGACCUUCGGGAGAACUUCUGCAGGAACCCUGAUGGCUCGGAGGCGCCCUGGUGCUUUACGUCGAGGCCUGGCAUGCGUGUGGCAUUCUGCUACCAGAUCCGGCGCUGCGCUGAUGAUGUGCGGCCCGAGGACUGCUACAACGGCGUGGGGGAGCAGUAUCGCGGCUCGGUUAGCAAGACCCGCAAGGGCAUCCCGUGCCAGCACUGGUCGGCGAAGACGCCGCACAAGCCGCAGUUCACUCCCGCCUCAGCACCACAGGCCCACCUGGAGGAGAACUUCUGCAGGAACCCGGACGGGGACCACCACGGACCCUGGUGCUACACUAUGGACCCGGGGACCCCCUUUGACUACUGUGCCCUGCAGCACUGUGAGAGUGACCAGCCACCAUCUAUCCUAGAGCCCCAAGACCAGGUGGUGUUUAAGGAGUGUGGCAAAAGGGUGGAUCGGUUGGACACGCGCUUCAGGAUGCGCAUGGUAGGGGGCCAGCCUGGGAACUCGCCCUGGACGGUCAGCUUGCGCAACCGGCAAGGCCAGCAUUUCUGUGGGGGGUCCCUAGUGAAGGAGCAGUGGGUGCUGACAGCCCGGCAGUGCUUCUCCUCCUGCCACAUACCACUAGUGGGCUACGAGGUGUGGCUGGGCACACUGUUCCAGAACCCGCAGCCUGGGGAGCCAGGCCUGCAGCAGGUCCCAGUGACCAAGAUGGUGUGUGGGCCCUCAGGCUCCCAGCUUGUCCUGCUCAAGCUAGAGAGAUCCGUGACCCUAAACCAGCGUGUGGCCCUUAUCUGCCUGCCUCCGGAGCGGUAUGUGGUACCUCCAGGGACCAAGUGUGAGAUCGCAGGCUGGGACGAGACCAAAGGCACAGGCAACAACACAGUCCUGAAUGUGGCCUCGCUGAGGGUCAUCUCCAACCAGGAAUGUAACAUUAAGCACCGAGGACGUGUCCGCGAGAACGAGCUGUGCACUGAAGGACUGAUGGUCCCUGUGGGGGCCUGUGAGGGUGACUACGGGGGCCCGCUUGCCUGUUUUACCCAUGACUGCUGGGUCUUGGAAGGAAUUAUAAUCCCCAACCGAGUGUGCGCACGGCCCUACUGGCCGGCCAUCUUCAUGCGCGUCUCCGUGUUUGUGGACUGGAUUCACAAGGUCCUUCGGCUGGACUAGGCUCAGCCUUAGCCCCUAUGUGUCUUGGGACAGUUCUUCCUAUCAGAUAUAAAGCUGCCUUUCCUCUUCA